GAGUCUGAAACGUUUCCACGCGUAUCUCUUUUUCCUCUACAUCUCUCUCUAAUCUCUCGUGUCAUUUUUUUCCUCCUGCUUCUAUCUUCCAGGGACCCCAACUGUAGUUUCUGUUCUGAUUCUCUGAUACCGGUCAUGGAGGAUGGCAACGGAACUGAUGGCCUUCUCGUUUUGGAGACUUACAUGGACGCGUGGACAGAUCCUGAAGAGCUGCUUUCCUUCGGUCGAGGGUGUUCAUCAACCAUCUUGUUUAUAACUUGGAAGAAAGGCAGCUCUUUUGUGCAAUAUUUUGUUGAAUUGCUCAUCAGAAACUAAGAACCGUGAUCUGUCAGCGAUCACAGUGGAAUUCCUUCAUCCUAGACUUCAGUCCUCCACUGCAAGGCUUACUACUUAGUCCAAUUUUUCCAGUCAUCCAUGGAGUAAUUAGGAAGUAGAUUUAGUGCGUACAAAGGGCAAAUGCUGAGUGUUUAUAUCUUUUCAAUCUUGCUUUGUUUGAAUCUUUCUUGCAUCUCAUGUUCAGUACAGCUUCUGAGCAUCUUUUGAUUUGAAUUCAUCGCUGUCUGUUCUUCAAAUUCAAGGAUGAACAUUAAAACUUACGGUUUUUACUUUCUGUGAUUGAAAAAAAUCAGUGCUGCCUACUCAAGAUGGGACUAUCUCAGUAGCUUCUGCAUUUGCUGCUCAUCAGGAAGCUGUGCAGGACAGAGACCACAAGUUCUUGACUCGAGCUGUUGAAGAAGCAUACAGAGGCGUUGAUUGUGGGGAUGGAGGCCCAUUUGGCGCAGUUGUUGUUUGCAAUGACGAAGUAGUCGUGAGCUGUCACAACAUGGUUCUCAGACACACCGACCCAACUGCUCAUGCCGAGGUCACCGCUGUUAGAGAGGCUUGUAAAAAGCUCAACCGAAUCGAGCUGUCCGAUUGUGAAAUCUAUGCAUCCUGCGAGCCUUGUCCUAUGUGUUUCGGUGCCAUCCAUCUUUCCAGAAUCAAAAGGUUGGUGUACGGGGCGAAAGCUGAAGCAGCAAUAGCGAUAGGGUUUGAUGAUUUCAUUGCCGACGCUUUAAGAGGUACAGGGUUUUACCAGAAGGCUAAUAUGGAGAUCAAGCAGGCUGAUGGGAGUGGUGCUGUUAUUGCAGAACAAGUGUUUGAAAAGACCAAAGCCAAGUUCACCAUGUAUUGAUGAUGAUGAUCGGUUAACUUUCUUUUUCUUACUGCAUUCAGCUGGACUGGGGGGUUGAAUUUGGGUGGUUUGAAGUGCAGAAAACUGUUGACUACUUAUUGUCUUUCUUUUUCUUAAUUCUUUAGUUGUUUAAGUGACCAUGUAAUUGAUUGGAAACCAUCAAUUGUAUUGAUCUUUCAAACUAAUGUGUAGAGCAAAGAAUCAGUUUUAUCAAUUCAAAGUGCUCUUGUUGUGUUCA